AUGUCGCCCAAGCCAUCCAAAACAGUCUUGAUCACUGGCGGCAACGGUGCCCUAGGCUCACACAUAGCCUUUGCCAUCGCCAAAGCACAUCCGGAGGUGUUUUUCAUCCUUACCGCACGCCGGGACAACGAUGUUCAGGCGAAAAAGAUCUCGACCCAGCUACGCGAUGAGGGCGUGACGGCCUUCGAGUUCCUCACCCUCGACCUGGCACGUUUCGCAUCGGUGAGGGCGUUCGCAGCCAAAGUUGCCGAAAAGGUGCAAUCAGGAAAUACCCCGCCAAUUGUUGUCCAGGUCAACUCGGCCGCGUAUUCGUCGUAUCAGAUGGACGAGAAGACUGGGGACGGGUUUGACCCCGUGUAUCAGACCAAUGUCUUGUCGCCAAUCCUCUUGACGGCGCUGUUGUUGAAAGGGGCUUUUCAGAUGGACCGGGGCACACCCCGUGGAAAAGUCAUCAAUAUCACGAGCCAGAGUGUAUCACUGGGCAAAGUCGACUUCUUCGACACUUGGGGACCUACCGAGCAGAACCCUGUUGGCUCACGCUUACCUUUCAUGCAAGGGUUGACAAGAUACGGCAGCAGUAAAUUGCUCGCAGACCUGGUGAUGUACACCGUGAGGGAGAAGAUGUUGAAGGCCGGAAUCGAGUCGGUCAACAUUUUCUCGUUGGACCCUGGGGGGAUGCACCACAAUAGCAACCUGUCCCGAGGAACCAUGCCGACGGUUAUGCAAUUUACUGCGACGGUCCUGUCGAUCCUGGGACCUCUUGCCCGACGGUUCCAGAAAAGCAUCAUCAACCAUCCACGCGUACCGGCGGCCGCUGUCGCCAAAACUGCGUUCGAUGCGUCAACAGAGGGCGGAAACAAGGAAGUCUACUUUGUGCUGGACGACGAGAUUGGAUUGACGCGCAUCAGCAAGGCCAUGCAAGAGCACCAGGACGAGGUACUCGAACGGGUGUUGAGGGAGACCGGCAUCAGCAUUGAGCAAUUCACCGCCUGGCCCUGA